GAAAGCUUGGAGCAGUCCCUCCUGAUAGCCACGGAAGGGGCGUUGCGACGAUCCAUGAACUACGUAGAGAUCGCACUACAGCAGACGCUGGGUCAGGCGAUCGCCUCUGCCUCGCACUUUCCUACGGCACCUUCCAAGUUCAAAGACAGACGAAGGUCGGUGUUUGCCACAGGCAGAGAAAGCCGCAAGGGCUCCUUCGACGACAAUCCAUUCAUGGGCCCCGGGUCCUGGAGGGGGACGAAGGGCUCCUUGGACGAGAAUCACUUCAUGUCAUCCGCGCGGCCGGCUUCCUUGGGCCCCUCCCGGCUCGGCUCUUUCGAAGUCAUGAGGAUGGCAGAUGAUUCCCAUGACCGUGCUGCAUCCCACCACGGUGUUGGAAAGUCCGAGCCGGUAAGACGUGCAGGCAUUCCGGCCAAGGCCAUCAAGAAUGCUUCCACCAGUCACCCAGAUUCACCACCAUCACCUGCGCCGGAGUCACAAGAAAGCACCACGA